AACCAACUUGUUUCGUGCGCUUUAACCUGUUGUACCCUGGUUUCCCUUAUUACCCUUUCCUACCAGGCGUUCUCAUGUCUGUAUAAAACCUUGGUCUGGUGCAGGUGAAAAACCGAUUAUCAAACGUCGGUGGGAUGCCCUUUUCUUCUGAUAUAAACCUUCUUUUAAAUUAAUACUUUUCCUUUACUUCUUCAAUACUUCAAACAAGGGUUUUUGGUGUUUAUAUUUACUGAGGCAGAGAGUUGAGAGAUAAAGUAGAGUCUGGAUAGAGAGAGAGAUAGAGAGAGAGAGAGAGAGGGGAAAAGGGAUCUUGUUGGGUAUUGAAGCUACAUUGCCAUGGCUUCAAAACUGCUUAUGAUUGCAGUGUUUGUGCUCGAUCUCAUAGCUUUUGGUCUAGCUGUUGCAGCUGAACAGAGGAGAAGCACUGCCAAAGUUGAUGAGGAUUCAGAAAAGAAUUACAGCUACUGUGUCUAUGACUCUGAUAUAGCAACAGGCUAUGGUGUCGGUGCAUUUCUCUUCCUCAUGGCUAGUCAGGUCCUUAUAAUGGUAGCUAGCAGAUGCUUCUGUUGUGGAAAGGCCUUAAGCCCCUCUGGUUCAAGAGCUUGUGCAAUCAUCCUCUUCAUGAUCUGCUGGUUGUUUUUCUUGAUCGCGGAGAUAUGCUUAUUCGCUGGAUCAGUGAGAAAUGCAUACCACACAAGAUACAGGACUAUUUUUGCUGGUGAAGAUCCUCCUUCCUGCCAGACCUUGAGGAAGGGGGUUUUUGGGGCUGGGGCAGCUUUUGUCUUCUUCACUGCUAUAGUCUCUGAAUUCUACUAUGUUUACUAUUCCAAGGCCAAGGGGAAUAGCUUCCAGCCUUAUGGAGGAGAAGCUGGUGUUGGCAUGGGAACCUAUAAAUAAUCUUGCGGUAAAUCAGAAAUGAUGUAUGGACUCUAUGCGUUGAUUUGCUUUCUCAUUACCUGUUUUUGUGGUCAUGACUCAUGGUUUAAGUACUAAAGGCCCCAUUUAUUAGGUGAUAAAAUUGUAUUUAUGUAUUUGAUUCAGAUGGUUUUCAUUUUUUCGCUUUUCUAUUUUGUGAUGGUGUAAAUUUCUUUUGAGGGUGUUUUCUACACAUAUCAAUAACAGAAGGUUGCAUUUUUAGUAUAAGCAUCAAUCAUCAGGGUUGUCACCAAAUUCAAUACAACAUUACCUGACUA